AUGUAUGAAAGUAUCGUUGAUCAAAUGAAAUGCUAUGAACGGUUAAAAUUAAUUGACUGGACAAACAAAGCAAAAUCAUUGGCUGUACGUCAAAUGGAUACCAACAUACUUGUUUGUAUUGGAACAAAAACUAAUACAGAUCAAUGUCAUACUGAAAGUAAUUUACCUAAAAUUGAAGAUUUAAAAGAUUGGUUGAAGUGUUCCAGAAAAUCAAAUCAAAUAUUAUCCGAUAAUAAACUAAUGUUCAAAACCAAUUUUAAUGAUCAAGUUUAUGAGUUAAUUGAAGAAGCAGAGAUGAUGGAAAACUUGGGAAUCGUUUUACCUAGAGAGAUACAGAUGUUAUUAGCUAAGAAAAAUAGUUUGCUAGAUGACAUAAUGAAAGUGAAAAAUAUGGUUAAUACAUAUAAUACAUUUAUUUCUUCUAUGAGCAAUUUAGAACUUGCCAUAUUAAAACACAAAUUGAAAGAUAUUGAAGAUUAUUUUUACAUGGGUCUCUGUCGUUAUAAUUGGCUUUCAAUAAGUAUAGAUACAUUUACAAACCAUGGGUUGAUUUUGAUAAAUAAAACAAAAAAUCAGUUGAUCAAUAUCAAAAUAGUUGAAUCUCAUAUAUCAAAAUUGAUAAAAUCGUUUGAAAAUCUGAAUUUAUUUCCAUUGAAUAUUUUAAUCGACAACGAUUCAACAUCAAUAAAGUACAAAAUGUUACCUAUAAGUUAUGAACGCUUUGGGUUUAAAGAAUUUCGACAUAUCAUUACCAAUUACCAAGCAAUUUCAAAAUGUUUAAUACGCCUGGAACUAUAUUUAUUUGGUUCAAAGAGUGGUACCUGUAAACCCAUGGUUGGGUUAUACUUAAGUUAUAAAAAUAUGAUACUGAAUUCUAUUUUUAAGAUGUAUUUAAACAAUUUGGAUUAUUACAAUAAUGCUUUGAUAAGUGACAAAUCACUUAUCAAAUUGAUAGUAAACAUAACUGACCAAGAAAUUACCAUAGUUCCUAAUUUGUAUGUCACUUAUAAUACAAUUUUAAGAAAUGUAACAAAGUGUUUGACAUGGUUAAAAGUUUUGCCUGUUUGGCAAAUGGAAUCAUGUAUGUAUUGCUUGACGGAAGAAAAUAAAUGGAAGAAUGAAAACUACAAAAAUACAUUGUAUGAAGAAAUAAUAAACAAUAAAGCUAUUCUAGAAAAAAUUGAAAUUCUUCGUAAAACUUCUCACAGUCUAAUGGUCGAUGUGAAUAAAUAUUUAAAAAAAUGGCAGCAAUUCAAAUUCUUAUGGAAAGGAUCAAAAAUAAAAAAUAAAGGAUUUUCAACUACAGAUACAUCUAUUCAGGAUUAUGAAAACAUUUUUAACGACUUAAAACGACUUCAAUUAUAUUUUUCAACGAUGUCAUUACAUAAAAAAAUACAAUGCAUCAAAUUGGAUCUCAGUCCAAUUAUAAAUCAAAUGAAACUAUACACGCGUGAAUUGAUAUUAUAUUUUGCUGAUCAAUUAAUAAAAUCUACGAAGGAAAUGAUGCAUCGACAAGGGGAUAAAUUUGACACUUUUAAAAUGCUGACAAAUGAUGAUAUAAGAAAUAGCGAAGAUUUUUACAAAAAUCUUUAUAUAAUAGAAGAGAUUAGAACAGAACAAGUGAACGUUGAGAUAUUUUUCCAAAACUUAAACCAUCGUAUUUAUAUUUUGGAAGAAAUGGGAGUUAUUAUGUCUUAUGAAGAUCUAACAUAUAUUUCAUAUAUACAGGACGACUGGACAAUGUUACAACACAUUGCUUCAGAAAAGAAAUUAUUUUUAGAAAAAGCCAAACUCAUUUGGUCUCAUACCGUUAAAAUCAAUAUUGAAAUGUUUUCAGUCUGUAUAGACACAUUUUUGGAAAAAUAUGAUCAAUGUGGCCUUAAGAAAAUUAAAGAUGACUUAGAUUUAGGACUUAUCUUAAUUAAUGAGUAUGACUGCAAAUUUACUGAUUUUAUGAAAAAAAAAGAAAAAUUAGUUAAGGAGGAAGAACUAUUUAAUUUAAAAUUAUUAAAUACAGAUCGAUUUGAUAGUUAUUAUUCUGAGUUUCAAUAUAUGAAGCUAGUAUACUCCUUGUACGAAGCACAAAAGUCGGACAUUGAAAAGUGGUCAAAAAUAUCAUGGUUUGACAUUGAAAUAGAAUUUGUUCGUGAAGCAUUUGGUGCUCUUAUGUUAAAAUUUAAGACCCUGCCUGUCUUAGCGCAAGAUACACACCCUGCAAAGAUUUUAGCAAAGUAUUUAAAGGAAUUGAGACAUAGUAUACCAAUUUUACUUCAGUUAAAGAAUGAGGCAUUUAAACCUAGACAUUGGAAAGAAAUGUUGGAUACUAUUGGUGUAUAUUUUAAUUUUGAUGAAGAAAUGUUAACUUUUGAUAUUGUUUUGAAAAUGAGAACUGUAAAACAUAAACAUGUUAUUAAAAAAAUACUAUGUAAAGCAAUUGAUGAAAACAGGAUUGAACAAAAAUUGAAAGAAAUAAAUGAACGUUGGAAUACAAUGAGUCUUAACAUAGAGAAAUUCUCUAAUGUAAUUUUGCAUAUUGAACAUAAACUAUGUGGAGUGCAUGAUGUGUUGCAAGUUUUGGAAGAUGAUCAAAUUACAAUGCAUAAAAUGAUGAACUCGUAUUCAGUUGAACCAUUUUUAGAAAAAGUUGAAACAUGGCAGAAGAAUUUAUCAACUGUGAAUGAAGUUCUAAAUAAAUGGUGGUUUGUACAACAAAAAUGGAUUUAUCUCGCAGAAAUAUAUGCUGGGAAAAACAUUUUAAAUAUUUUACCCGAAAAAGCUGAGAAGUUCAAUGAACUGAACAAAUUCUAUCAAGAGGUAAUGGCUAAUGCAAAUAGAAAUUCAAAGAUCCUUGAACAGUGUUUAACGCCAAAUAUUAUUAACCAAUUAUUAUGGUUGGAAUGUCGUUUAGACACUAGUCAAAAAGAAUUGAAUAGUUAUAUAUCUGAGAAAAGAAACUGUUUUCCUAGAUUUUAUUUUAUAUCAGAUAAUGAUUUGUUGUUCAUUUAUGGCAAUUCUAAUCCAAUUGCUAUCCAGGAAUAUAUUAUUCAGAUAUUUGAUAAUAUUAAAAGUUUUAAUUACGAAUUAAAAGAUGAAAGUUACACAGUUGUAGCAAUGAAAACAUUUAGCGACGAAGUAUUAGUAUUUAAAAAUUAUGUAAUUAUUAAAAAUACUGUAGACAAAUGGAUGCAUAAAGUUAUUGAUCAAAUGCAAAAGUCGAAUCGUUUUAUGAUUAAAAAAGCUAUAUUGGAUUUAGGAUUUGUUUCAUGUUCAAUUACUAGAUGUGAUUGGAUAAAUAAUUUUCCACUAUCAGUUUGCUUGACCGCAGAUACUGUGUGGUGGACUGUUGAAGUAGAAAAUGUUUUUGAUGAAAUUGAAUUAGGUAACCGGUUAAGCAUGAAACAAUAUUUGAAUCAGUUGAAUAAAAAAAUUAAUGAAAUAGUUAUACAAAGUAGAAAAGAAAUGUUGGAAAAUAAAAGAAACAAGUAUAGUUCUAUAAUAAUUUUAGAUGUUCAUCAUAGGGACAUUAUUGAAUCAUUUAUUAUAAACAAUGUGACCUUUGCAAAAUCAUUUGAAUGGGACAGUAUAAUUAAAACAUAUUGGAUAAAAAGCAAGGACAAUUUAUACAUAUCACAGUGUUCAGGUUUUUUUGAUUAUGGAUAUGAAUUUAUGGGAUCAACUAAGAACAUUGUUAUAACCCCAUUAACUAAUCGUAUAUUCUUAACGUUCACACAAGCAUUAAUGAUGUGCUUAGGUGGUGCAACUCACGGUCCUACUGGAACUGGUAAAACUGAAACUACUAUGGCUAUGGCAAAAAUGUUUGGCAAUAUAUGUAAAAUUAUUAACUGUAGUGAUGGGUUGGACCAUCAGACAUUUAGUCAUUUCUUAAAUGGAAUUUGCCAAAGUCGAAUUUGGGGAUUGUUUACCAAGUUCAGUAGAAUUUCUCAAAAAACAUUGUCUGUUAUAUCAACUUUACUAUUUUCCAUGAAAUGGGCACUAUUUGGAAACAAAAACGAACAUAAUUUUCAUGAAUACAAUAUAAGUAUUAAUCCAAAAAUUGGUAUAUUCAUUACCAUGAAUAUUGAAGAAAUUAGUGUACAAAGAAAAGAGAUUGAUGAAAUAAUAAAAAGUCAUUUUAGACCAGUGAUUUGUCUCCUUCCAGAUUUUGAACAAAUAUGCUUCACUAUUUUAUAUUCUGAAGGAUUCUUGGAAGCUAAAAUUUUGUCAAAGAAAAUAUCAUUAUUAUAUAAGUUAUGUAAAGAUGGACUUUCAAAUCCAUUAAACCACACAUUUGAUUUAAGAUCGUUAAAAUUAGUCAUCAGGACUGCAAGAGACUUACUAACUAAACAACCAGAGCUCGAAGAGAGUUCAGCAAUAAUGAAAAUAUUACGAGAUUUAAAUUUGCCUAAGUUAAUUGAUAAAGAUAUUGCUUUAUUUUUAUCAUUUAUAUCUGAUUUAUUUCCAAACAUCAAAUAUUUAAAAACAAAAAAUGCUGAUUUUAUCAAAGCUAUAGAAAUUGCAUUGAAACGUGAAAAAUUUGUAAAAAUUGACACCCAAAUAGAAAAAAUCAACGAAAUUAUGGAGACACUAACAAAUAGGAAUUCAAUUGCAAUCAUCGGACCAACAAGUGGAGGAAAAUCUGUUAUAAUAAACGUGUUAUGUGAAACUUUAAAUCAUUUAAAAAUAUCAACGAAACUUAUAACGCUUAACCCAAAAGCAUUUACUAAAUUAGAGUUAUACGGUUAUGCAGAUCCAAUUACAAAAUCUUGGAAUGAUGGAUUAUUGACGAAUAUUUUCCGAAACAUUAAUCAACCAAUUGUCCCUAAUAAUCAGUCUUACUAUUUUAUUUUGUUCGACGGUGAUAUAGAUUCAAUUUGGGUUGAUGACUUGAAUCCUGUCAUGGAUGAUAAUAGAAUGUUAACGUUAUCAAAUGGAGAGAAAAUUAGGAUAAAACCACAAUGUAAUUUGUUGUUUGAAGUCGGACAUUUAUCAUAUUCGGCUCCAUCUACGAUAUCUAGAAUGGGUAUAGUGUAUGUUGAUCCCAGUAAUCUUGGUUAUAUGCCGUUUUGGGUACGAUGGUUAGAACCACGAAGUUUAAUGGAGCAAACAGCAUUGGAUCAAUGUUUUCAAAAAUACGUACCUGUGUUGCUAAAUUUAAUUUUUAAAGAUGGAAACGACUUAAAUAAAUCAUUCCCGCUAACGACUGCUGUUUUUCAGACUAGACUAAAUAUGAUCACUCAACUUUGUUUUAUUUUGGAUACCAUAUUACCUUUAGUUUCAUCAGACAAUAAUGAUUCGAUUAAAGUCGGUCGUAAAAGAGCUGCAAUGACUAGCAAUGAUAUUGCCAUUCCACUGACUUCGAUGAUUUCGUUUGUGGCUGGUAUGGGAGUAUUAGAAGCAGUUUUUAUCCAAGCUUUAUAUUUAUCACUGGGUGCGUUACUAACUGAUGUGACAUCUCGUCAUACGUUUGAUGAAAAUGUUAAAAAAUUAUCUGGUUUUGUAACUGCUCCAAAUGCCCAUGAACGGUCAAAACAAAAAAGUUUAAAAUACAUACCAUCCGGUGAGCCUACUUGGUAUGACUACUAUUUAGAUUUUAGUACGUUGGAGUGGAUGUCGUGGAAAAACGCAGUCCCAGAGUAUAUUCAUAAUGAUACUAUUACAUUUGACGAUAUACUUGUUCCCACAGUUGAAUCAACUAGAUUGGUUUGGAUAUUAAAACUAAUAAAUGAAGUUAAACGUCCUACAAUUAUAGUUGGUGACAUGAGUUCUGGUAAAACAGCUACAAUGAAAUAUUUCAUACGUAAUCUUGAUCAAAAAUACUAUAUAAAAAUGGCAUUAAAUUUAUCGGCUAGGACUUCGUCAUUAGAUGUUCAGCAAAAUUUAGAAACAAAUUUGGAAAGGCAUUCUAGAAAAACAUACGGCCCACCAGUUGGAAAGCGAUUAGUUUAUUUUAUUGAUGAUUUAAAUUUGCCUCAAAUGGAUGAAUGUGGUACACAACAACCAAUUGCAUUAUUGAAAAGUAUAUUUGAUAAACAAGGCAUGUAUGAUAGACACAAAUGUUUCAAUUGGAAAGAGCUCGUGGAUAUAUGUUUCUUUGCCGCUAUGAAUCACAUAGGAAGUGGUCGAAAUGAAUUAGAUACACGUUUUUUAUCACUAUGUUCAGUUUUUUCAUUACCUUUUCCAUCUGAUGAUACAAUUCGAUAUAUUUUCAAUUCUAUUUUAUCUGGACAUACAAAAUCCUUUACAGAGAACAUAAAAUCUGCUGUUCAUAAUAUUAUAAAUAUGACAGUACAUUUAUACAAAUUAGUACUUAAAAAACUUCAUCAAACACCAGAAAAAUUCAUUUACGUAUUCAAUUUGUGUCAUAUAAGUUUUAUCAUCGAUGGUAUGACACGCAUAUUGCCCAACACAUUUACGACUACAGAAUCCUUUGUACGAGUUUGGAGGAACGAGUUCACCAGAGUGAUAUGUGAUAGAUUAAUUUAUCAACAAGAUCGAGAAAUGAUUGAACGUCAUCUUACUCAAGAAUUAGAGACAUAUUUUCCUUCACAAGUGGAAUAUGUUCUUAGAGAUCCUCUUUUGUUCGGUGACUGUAGGAAUGCUAUUAGUGCGAACAAUCAAAUACGAAUAUACGAGGACUUAAUAGAUUACGAUUCUGUAUUUUAUUUAUUUCAAGAAAUACUAUUAGAAUAUAAAAAAUAUCAUGGUUUGUUGGACAUGGUACUUUUCAAUGAUGCAUUAGAUCAUUUAAUCAGAAUUCACCGUAUGCUUAGAAUGGAUAGAGGGCAUGUUUUGUUAAUUGGAUCGAAUGGAAAUGGAAAAAAAUCACUGUCUAAGUUAGCUGCAUUCACAUCUGGCUAUGAAAUAUUUAUAAAUAAUUCAUUUCAUUCAAAACAUAAUUUUAAAAUGAAUGAACAAAAGUUUAAACAUGAUCUGAAAAAUAUAUUUUUGAAAGUGGGAAUAAGAAAUCAGCCCACUGUUUUCAUAGUGGACAAAGUUGAUGUUAUUGAAGAAGGAAUCUUAGAAUUUAUUAAUAAUAUAUUGACGAACGGGUUUGUGCCUUCGUUAUACUUAGAUCAAAAAGAGAAUUUAGAAAUGGUCCAGCGUUUUAAAGAUAUAAAUAUAAACACAUCGAGUGAAAUUACAACGGACAUGUUCUUAAAAAAUUGUCUAAACAAUCUUCAUAUUGUGCUAUUAAUGUCACCUGGGAACAACCUUAGACUUAUAUUUCGGAAUUACCCCGGUUUCGUGAAUAAAACGUAUGUUGACUGGAUUAACAAAUGGCCUGUGGAGGCGUUAAAUGCAGUGGUGGAAAAAGUUUUGAUAAACGAUCAAGUUAUUCCAGAUGUUUACGUUAAUAAUGUAAUAAAGCAAAGUGUUUACAUGCAUAAAUCUGCAGAAAACUAUGCAAAAACAUUUUUUAAGCAUACAACUCGAAAGAUUUGUUUUACAUUGAAACACUUAGUAGACUGUGCUCAAACGUACAAGAAUUUAGUUAAAAAUAAAUUGAACGUGUCACUAAUUAAGUCUCAACAGAUUCAGAGUGGCUUAGAAAAAAUUGAAGAAAGUACUUUAGAGCUUGAUAGGAUAAAUGAUACAUUACUUCAGCAAGAUUUAUCUAUAAUACAGAAGAACGAAAUGUGUCAACACAUUAUGAAACAAAUUAAUGACACUCGUAUACUUGUAGAAGAAAUAAAAUCUGUUGUGAAUAAUAGUACUGAAAAGUUAAAUUUAAAAAGUGAACAAAUUAUAAAUACAAAAAAACAAAUGAAAGAGUUAAUAGAUAAAACAUUACCUGUUUUAAGUACUACUAGAAAUUUAUUGAAUGAAAUUAAUUCAGACGAUUUAACAGAAUUAAAAUCUUUGGACACGCCAUCUGAAUCAGUUAUGACUUUACUUGAAUGUGUAGCUAUUUUAAGAGGUAUUAAAGAUAUGAACACAUGGAAAAGUUUAAGUGAUAUGAUUGAAGAACCAAAUUUUCUAAAUAAUUUACAAGAAUUGGACGCAAAUAAAAUUAAUCAAAGACAUCAAACUCAAGUACGAACGAAGUUAAAAUUUUUGAAAAAAACGGUUGAUAUUCAAGCUAUUAGCAAAGUGGAAUGUAGUAUAUUAAAUUUUAUUGAGUCUGUUUUAAAAUACUGUCAUAUUUAUCAAGACAUUAUACCAUUAAAAAAUAAGAUACACAAAUUUGAUAAAGAUUAUCUUAACGCUACUUUAAAACUAAAAGAACAUGAAGAUAGUUUAGAAAAUACUCGAUGCACUUUAUCAGAUUUAGAAAAAUCCUUAGAUGAUUUAUCUAAGGAAAAUAUUGAACUAAAAAAAGAUAAUUGUUCAUUGAAAAUUAAAUUUGAAUAUGCUGACAAGGUUAUAGAAGGACUAAAAUCUGUACACGAAAGAUGGAUUAUAGAUUUAGAAAAUCAAACCAUAAUAAAAAAUCAAAUAAUCGGUAAUUGUUUACUGAAUGCUUCAUUUUUAGUCUAUGCUGGCCCAUUUUCAUUAGAAUAUCGUGAACAAAUCAUUUUUAACGAUUGGUACAAUCAUAUUGUUGAUCUGGAAUUACCAAUUGACUUGAACAUUGAACUAGAAAAAGAACUAAUUGAUGAAAAAGUGAUAUAUGAUUUGAUUUCAAAUGGUUUGCCUUGUGAUAAAUACACAAUUCAAAAUGGAAUAUUGAUGACUCAAUCUAAUCGAUUUCCUCUUUGUAUUGACCCACAUAAUCAAGGAUUUAAUUGGAUUAAAAACCAUGAAAAAAAUAACUCAUUAAAAAUUCUUUCCUUUGCUGAUAAUGAUUAUAUUGUGCAUUUUAAAAAUGCUUUACAAUAUGGGCAAUCAGUAAUUUUUAUUGAUUUUGAAAACAUGGAUUUAGAUAUAAAGGAUUUAUUAAAUAAAAAUAUACUAUCUGAGUCAUUUGAUUCUGAAUAUAUUGAAAUAGAUGAUAAAAAAUGUAUGUAUAAUCAAAACUUUAGAUUAUACUUGAUGACUAAACAAACUAAUCCAAAGAUUACUACAUCCAUCUACUCCAAUAUGACUGUCAUAAAUUGUUCAAUCACACAAGAAGGAUUGGAAGGUCAGCUACUUAAUUUGGUGAUCAAACAAGAAAUAAAAGAAGUAGAAAAUAAGAAAGAAUUAAUAGUAAAAAAUAUGUAUCAACAUAAGGAAGAACUUGAAGCAUUUAAAAAUUUGUUUAUAAAAGAAAUCAUAAAUUGCUCUGAACCUUUGAUUGACAAUCCACAUCUUUCAAAUAAACUCGAAGAUAUAAAAUUAAAAAUUAAUUCAAGUUCUACAGAAUUAAAAUUGUCUAUUGAAUCAAUGACUUUAAUUGAUCAGUCUAGAGAUAUUUACAAAUCUGUAUCACAAAAAGGCGCAUUGUUUUAUAUGUCUCUUUAUGGAUUAAAAGAUAUUGACCAAUUAUAUCAAUUUUCAAUUGAGUCGUUUAUGAAAUUGUUUUUAAAUUCAAUUGAUUUAGCAAAAAAAGAUCAAAAUGUAUUGAACAGGAUAUCAAAUAUUAUCAACCAACUAACAAAUGAUGUUUUUGAAUUUAGUAGUAUCAGUAUUUAUGAAAAACACAACUUAUUAUUUUUAUUUCAAAUAGCGUGUACUUUAGAUAAAGAUGCAGGAGGUUUGUUGAAUUCCGAAUUAGUAUUCUUCAUCAAGGGUAAUAUUAUAGGCUCUGAAAAUGUCACCAUAAAAAAUCCAACAACAUGGUUAUCAAAUGAGUGUUGGCAAAAUGUUGUUAAUUUAAGCACGAACUUUGAAAAUUUCUCGAAUUUGAUUGAACAUAUUACUAAUAACAUUAACAAUUGGAAAGAGUGGUUUUAUUCAGAAUAUCCAGAGUCUGAAAAUACUAUACCUAUCAAAAUGAACAAAUAUUUUGAUGUGUUAAUGCUAAUAAGAUGUUUUAGAACUGAUCGAGUGUAUCAAUCUGUUGAAAAUUACGUUUAUAAAAUAAUUGAAGUAAAUAACGAGAGUUGUAUCAAUAAAAAAAAUACAAAUCUUGAAGUUAUACAUAAACAAUUUUCAAAUUUAACUCCAUGUGUUUUGAUAUUGAAUAACGGAUCAGAUCCGGCUAAAGACCUGACUAAUCUUGCAGAAAAAAAUGAUAUAACUGGUCCUACGUUCAAAGUUCUUUCAUUAGGAACUUUCAGUGACGAUGUUAUUUAUUUAGCUUUAAAAUCGGCAAUGUACCGCGGAAAUUGGUUGAUUGUUCAAAACUGUAAUUUUUCUGUUCGUUUUCUGUACGGUAUUGAAUAUAUAUUAGAGCAAGCAAAUGAAAGUUGGCAUCAAAACUUUAGAUUAUGGCUUAUAUUUAAUGGAGAUUCAUCACUGAGUGAUUCAUUUCCAAUAUCUCUUUUGCUCAGGUCAUUAAAAGUUAUCAUUGAGCCUUCAAAUCAUAUGAAGAUGUGUAUGCAGAAUGCUUUAGAUAAAUACAAUUUUGAAGACCAAGAUGAUAAAAAUCCUCAUCCUGCUUUCAAAUCUUUGCUAUAUGCUUUACUAUUUUUUCAUGGAAUAUUAUUAGAACGUAAAAAGUAUAAUAAAUUUGGAUGGAGUUUACCAUAUAAUUUUGAAUAUUCUGAAUAUGAUAUGUGUCAACAAAUAAUUGCUAUAUUUUUAAGAAAAAGUAAACCAGAUGAAAUACCUUGGACCACAUUAAAGUAUCUAAUCGGUGAAAUCAUAUAUGGAGGAAAAGUGAUCGAUAGCUAUGAUCGCAGAAUUCUCUUGACAUACGUGGAUGAAUAUUUUGGUGAUUUUAUAUAUAGUUCUUAUCAGCCGUUCAGCUUUUACAAUUGCAAAGAUUCUUUCAAGGCGGUAAGAUACAUAGAGGUGGAAAGAAAAUUAUUUGAAAAUAAUGAACACAAUUUGGUAGAAGCAGUUAAUGAAUUGCCAAUGUCUAUUAACCCAAAAGUUUGCGGAUUAAAUCCAAAUGUUUUGUUUGGAUACCACAAUAGUUUGGUUGAAAUGUUGUGGGCAGAUAUGAUAAAGUUGUAUCCAAGUGUUGAUACAAUUGAUGAUAAAAAUACUGAUUGGGAUCAAGUUGUCCAAAAUACUAUUGAAGACAUUUUAAAAUCUUUGCCAGAACUUUAUAAUUUAAAUAAGGUGAAAAUGUUUUACGGAGAUAAAUGUUUUUCUCCUAAUAUUAUAGUUUUACUUCACGAACUCGAGAAAAUUAAUGCGUUAUUAUCCGUAAUAAGAAACACCCUAUCACAACUCUCAAAGGUAUUUCUGGGAAAAGUGGAAAUGAAUACGAUGUUAGAAGACGUUUCAAUGUGUUUAUACGCCGGUCGUGUCCCAGGUUGCUGGAGUAAAUUAUCACCACAGACAGUUAAAUCAUUGCCCUGUUAUAUUGAACACCUUACAAAACGUACACUUCAAUAUUCGAAUUGGAGCCAAAUCAGAGAACCUUUAGUCAUGUGGCUAUCAGGGUUACAUUCGCCGAAAUCGUAUCUAACAUCUUUAAUACAAUUGGCAUGUAGAAAAUAUGGUUGGUCAAUUGAACACAGCAUGUUUUAUACAUCUAUAACUCAAUGGACUUGUGAAAGUGAAGUUCAACGAGAACCAGACGCCGGAUGUUACAUUACUGGAUUAUAUUUAGAGGGUGCACGUUGGGAUAUGAAUAAACAAUGCUUGACAGAAUGUAAGUUUCAUAAUACGCUGGAACAUUUGCCAAUUUUAGCUAUUAUUCCUAUUGAAACUCGUCUGCUAAAAUUACCUAAGAGUUCAAUUACCAUACCAGUAUACGUGACUUCGAAACGAGGACAUUUGAUGGACGAUAAUUGUGUAUUCCAAGCCAAUUUAAAUACAUUGGUGCAUAAGAGUUUUUGGAUUUUACGAGGAGUUUGUGUUGUUAUGAAUACUGAUUAA